AUGAGCUUAGAUGAAUCGAUACGCGGAAUAGUUUUAUUUGUAUGCUAUUCAAUGAAGGCUGAAGGUAUGGAGCACCUCAUUUUUUUCAGAAAAAAUCGAAAGAAGAAUUCGAGUAAGGGAAGGAUCAAGGUCAAGGCUAGGGUAUUAUAUAGGGGCAAGGUCAAGGCUAGGGUAUUAUAUAGGGGCAAGGUCAAGGCAUGCCUUAAGUACAAGAAAGGGGUUGGGUUUAUAAGCAGGUCACUAUUAGUAGUAAGAACAAGGCAAGAUUAA